CUCUGAUAAAUCCUAUCGUACACCGAUUUAACGGCCUUUUUCAAAAUUUGAUAGUUGGCCAACUGCCCAACCGUGGCGCUCGCAUCGUUUUUAUUCGAGUUUGACGUUUGCUCACUAUCGCCACCUAGUUGGUGGUCGGCCAAACAUAGUCCUUUUAGCAUUGGGCGAAUAUGUUUCCGUGACUAUGAUUUGAAUCGAAAAAUGUUCAAAGUGUUACGUCUGUUUGUCUGUGAUAAUAGUGUAGAGAGAUGGCCGGCUGGCACCUGAGAAGAUGCUGCGUGCUCCCUGCUAUAGCUAAGCUGAAUGACGAUCAUAUAAUUUGAAUUGCCGUGUCUCAUUAUCUCCCGUCUGUUUGCCGUCCCACAAUGACCAGUGUCGCCCCAGCAGCAGCCUCCGGCCGUUCCAUUCCGGUAGGUCACACAAUAACAAUGGGAAAUCUGGCUUGUUUGUACAAUUUAGCGCGCUGCUGUGCUGGCUGGAUGGUUGGUUGGAUGGAUGGAUGACUGAUGCAAGGCUUUGGAUAUCAACGCCACACUUGUCCACGCCUGCAGUCAGUCGCGAUCGGAUCGGUGGAGUGGUAGCAACUCUUUCUCACUUUCCAAGCGGUCGAACCAGUUGGGGGAUAGUUUUUGUUUCAUAUGGUGAGUCAGUUUGGACGAACACGUUUGUCCAUUCGUCCAAAUCAGUGCGUACGAGAGUUUCAGGUGUAGCGUCCCGUGUCAGGUCGCGUGAAGUAGUUAUUGCUGGGUCACCGUUCACCAGCUUAAUCGUGGGACACAUUGUUCAAAUUCGGUAAUUGUUGUGAAAAAAAGAAGUGAUAUUUGUGUUUCGUUAUUAGUUAAAAUGAUUAGAAGAGACAGAAAUCGUUUCAACAACCUGUUGAUCGUAUGAACGAAUUUAAAAAUAUAAGGUGGUUGACGAAAGACGUGUUCAAACCGAGCAUGAACGUAUGCUUGAAGGUGUAGAUCAAAAAGUGUAUCACCAGUCACAGUUUACGACACUUGUUUAAUUAAAAGGCAGCCUGGUGUUAACAAAUAAUGCAAAUAGACAAACCUGACUAUACCUAGGCAUCUCCUAGUAGACGAAGAAGCGAUGUGACUACAGAACAGAAGAGUCACCAACGAUAGAUAGUGCGGCUUUGGAUACAAACCACUCAAGCUCAGCGUGCAUUUCAAAACAUUUACCUUAGCGCAUUGCCAGUCAGCGCAACGCAACUGAAACCGCCGCGCGCCGUAAUCGUCAUAAUCAACACAAUUCACACCCUGCGAAAAUGAAGAGAAGUGGUUUGGUGAUUUUGUUGCUGAUGCUAGGGUUCCUAGAGGUCACAGUUACCGGAAAUGACUCGCACCAGUCGACACUCGGCGGAUCCGGUGGCGAAAACAAGUUCCUAAGGUAUCUCUUCAACAAAUAUGGCAGCAAGGGGGUAAUCUCCUUCGAGGGCCUGGAACAUCUAAUGCACAGUCUCGGUUUGGGUGGACUGGAUUUCACCCCCUCGCACACGCUGGACGAGCAUCGGCCAGAAGGAUUCAAAACAUCGGACAUCGUGAGCUCCUUCACGGCUGAUUACAGCGAAAUUGAGCAACCAGAGAAGGUCACCGUUUCGAUCAACAGCAUCGAUGACGCGCAUGCACCACGAUCAUCCAAUCAAGAUGAUUCAACACCGGCCCACACAGAGUAUCCCGAGAGAAAUAGACGCGCAGAAUCUCAUUACCACCACCACCCUCAGGAAGCCGAAAAGGACAUCAUCAGCAGCUCGGAUCAGAUAAAGCAUUUCAACGAACUACCGCCACCAGUUCUGAAUGAUACCGAAGAGACCAGUACCUCCGCGAGCGCAACCGGUCAUAAAGACGUGAGCUCCUCGAGUAGCAGCGAAGAUGAUAACGGCAAUUGGCACAAUGAAAUAUGGCAGGAAAUUAUCUUUAAAGAGAUUCACGAUCCACUGCAUCGUCAUCCGCGUCGAGAUGAUCGUCGCAAAUCUUGCCUGUCUCCAAUGUCCAUGGUCCACUUAAUUUUGGAAGAGCCACAGAACAGCGAAGAAGUCCUGCAUCAGAACUUCAACUAUGGUCACCUGGGGUCCACGGACCCAAGGCACCGCCGGUCGCUCCCACAUGCCCACCCCAACGAGGCUGCCGAUCACGACCAUGAGGUGGAGGAAAUUCUGGCUGCCCGAAUCAAAAUCACUCCCGCCACAUUCAAAGACCUCUGUCCGGCGCUGCUAGCCCAAAUCGAUCAGAGGGCUUGCAUGGAGAAGUAUCAGGUCAAAGAUCAACCGCACGUCGAGAAGAAGCUGUUUUCCUAUGCAUGGCUCUAUGCUACUGUUUGCGUGUUCAUCAUCUCCAUCUGCGGGCUGGCUGGGGUUGCAAUUGUUCCGCUGGCAAAAUCAGUUGCUUAUGAUGAAAUUUUAAGAUUUCUAGUCGCGCUAGCCGUUGGUACACUUUGUGGAGAUGCACUUAUGCAUCUGCUUCCACACGCACUCAUACCCCACGAAGAAAGUUCCACUGAUGGGGAUGACCAUGGUCACAGCGAUGAUCAUUCCCACAGCCAAGAACCGGUUUGGUUGUGCUGUUGUGCAUUCCUCAGUGCGUUGUUCAUGUACACGCUGGAAACGGUGCUACCGAUGUUGCGAUCGGAAGACGACACUGGACAUCAUGGCCACUCACACGCCAGAUCGAAAGUGGCUCCAGUGCCAGAACCUCCUCAGAUGCGGCGAAACACCAACGUUGUAGACGAUAUAGAACUAGACUUGCAGGACAGCAAGAAAAAAGAAUUGAACAGCAUGCUCAAAAAGAAGCCUGCGAAGAGUAAACCACUCAGUCCGGUGGCCUUUAUGGUUAUCCUAGGCGAUGGCCUGCACAACAUCACGGAUGGGCUGGCCAUCGGAGCAGCGUUCGCUGCCGACCCGGUUACGGGAAUGGCCACCUCGUUUGCCAUUCUGUGUCACGAGCUUCCUCACGAGUUGGGAGAUUUCGCUUUGCUGUUGCAAACGGGAGUUAGUAUAAGGCGCGCCAUGUUCCUCAAUGUGGUAUCUUCGAUAUUGAGUUUUAUAGGUAUGUUAGUUGGGCUGCUGGUGACCGGUCUACAUGAAUCAGUUGUACGGUGGAUCUAUGCGGGAACGGCUGGAACGUUUCUCUACAUUGCCUUGGCAGAUCUGGUUCCGGAAAUGAACCGAGACCUCAGUGAAACGGUUUCCAGCGAUCAGCGGUGUAAAAAGUUGAGGACCAUUUGGUCCCAGAUCUGUGGUAUAUUUUUGGGGGGCAUGAUUAUGUUGGUGAUAGCACUGAAUGAAGAUCACUUGCGAGUAUUGUUUGAAUAAAUUAUUUUUAAAUAAACA